CAGAGAUUGUCUUCCCUCGAAGUCGGUGCCAAGAUCAGUCUCUUGAACGAAGAAUCUAGGAGAUACUUACAAUAAUUAGAUUUUUUCUAGAUCCGAACCUGUGUAUAUCUAAUUGGCAGACCACGACUUUCUUUACAUCCCAUAUUGUCGAGCCAAGAGCAGGCUCACAACAAGUAUACAAGGAGCCCCAAAAGCAACCAAAUAAACAAUGGCAGAAGACCUCCACAUCCUCAUAAUCGGCGCCGGAAUAACCGGCCUCCUCAUAGCCCAAGGUCUCAAACUCGCCGGCAUCAAACACACCAUCUUCGAAUCCGAAAUCACCCAAGGCAUCCGAACCCGAGAAUGGAACCUCGGAGUCCACAACGCAGACCAAGAUCUCCGCUCUCUUCUCCCCUCCAAUCUCUAUUCCCGCCUCCGAGAAGCGUACUCGGAUCCACAUCACGUGGCAGGGACACAGGAGAAGACGCCGAUGUAUAAUUCUGCCACGGGGGAGCUGUUGCAUGCGAUUCCGCGCCCGGAUACGAUCAAUGUGUCGAGGAAGCGGUUGAGGAGGUUGUGUAGUGAGGGGAUUGAUGUGCAAUAUGGGAAGAUGUUCACCGGUGCUAGUUUCGAGGAGGGUGGUGUGGUUGCGCAUUUUAUGGGAGGGGAAAGUGUGAAAGGUGAUUUGUUGGUUGGGGCGGAUGGGACGAGGAGUUUGGUUAGGGAGGUAUUGUUGGGUGCUGAGAAGGCGACGAGGGUUUUGUGUGAGUUGGAGGUUAUUACGGCGAUUGCUAGGUAUCGAGAUCCGGAGGUGGCGAGGAGGGUGAGGAGUGGGCAUCCUGAAGUGUGUUUUGGGUAUCAUCCUGAGGGAAUGUUCAAUAUGAUCGCAAUCUCAAAUGUUCCCAACCCCGAAGAUCCUACGACCUGGGAAUUCUACGUUGCAAACUCGGUGCUUGAAAAGUCUCCUGGAAAUAUAGGGAAUGAAGAGAUUAUGGCGCAAGUCAAGAGCAAAUGUCAGUACUUGGCAGAGCCUUUCAAGAGCUCGUUCAUGGAGAUCUCUGAGGAUGCGAAGCUCUUCAAUGACAAGUUGUAUUAUUGGGCACCACAACCUUGGGACAAUCACGGUGGACGGAUAACACUUGCUGGAGAUUCUGCGCAUCCUAUGCCGCCCUACCGUGGACAGGGAUUGGCUCAAAGCAUUCGUGAUGUAGCAAAUCUUGUGAAAGCCCUCAAGAGCCUGAAAGAGAGCAGGGCAAAAAGCGAGCUCCCUGGCCUCAUCAAAGAGUAUGAAGAAGAAAUGAUCAAACGUGGAGGAGCUGAAGUCGAAAUGUCCAUUCGAAGUAUGAAUAUGGUCCACGAUUGGGAAAAAUUGAUGCAAUCACCACUCAUGAAAAUAGGAGGACAGAAGAUAUACGAGGCCCCAAAAACAGAAUGAAAGAGAGAACUUGACAUGAAAACAUCCUUAGUCUAUGGUAUUGAAAGAAAGCGCCGAAAAUGCAGAAUACCCAACGAAUCGUCUAUGUUGAACUUCUCAACGUGUUCUCUAAGUUCCAUAUCCAAUAUGCCACCACGUAGUCUACCGCUCGAGUUUUGGCUUCAUCCUCGCAUCGUCGUAUGGUUGCAUGGUGCUAUGCUUCAUCCACUUCCUGACGCUGUCUCCCAAAGUGCUUCUCCCUUCCGAAAUCUACC